UCAACUUUAUCGCAUUACGCUCACAUGUUUAGUAUAUUGAUAACCUCUUAUAAAGCAAUGUUUCGUGUUUACGUCGUUAUCUUGAAUAUUUUGUUUAUUUGUCAAGUAAACUCGAAGGUCACCUCCAAGAUAUGCCAGGUGAAGCCGACGGAGAAGCACUGUUUGAUAGAAUUCAUGGCAAAAGAUAGAUGGCCUCAUCAGGAAAGAUGGGCAUUCGACUGGCGCAGACAACACUGCUAUGAGAUACGUUGGGCCGACCACUGCGGGCUUGUUACCAGAGACACGAAUAAUUUCGCCUCAGAAAAAGAAUGUCUCUCGGAAUGCGCUGGAUGGGCCUAAUUUUUUCGAAGAUAAAUUUCCGUAAAUAAAUACCAUUAAAAGUCUUUUUCUCCUUAAUAAAGUUAUCAUCAAGU